AUGGUACACGUCGGUUGCCAUAAUCAUACCGAGUGUUUUGGCGAGGUCUCCACCGCGUACUUGGAAGGAUACGACCUAAACAACGCCGGGCUUCUGGGCGCGCUCCACGUGGAGGAUCGACACAAGAGCAAACCAAAAUUGCAACACAGCGGUUUCCCGUGGAGAGCUGCGGGAAAUACAACCAAAGCUGGCAUGCAACUAGGCCUGCUUGUCGACGAUCCUGAUUUCCAUCAAGCGCCCAUGACUUGCAUGGAGACGCGGCGGAUCGACCGGCGCGCCCGUUGGGCCUCGGGGGGACCACGCGCACAUGGAAUGGCAAUACCCUUCGUUCCGACCUUAGCGCGCACUGGGAUGUACGAACAUUGCUCGCAGGGUAUUGGCAAAUUGGCGGUGGGCAAAAUCCUGCCGCCCAGUUCCACCCUUUUAGUGGGCGAAUUUGAGAUAUGGGCUUUCUCACGCGGCCGACCUCCGACCCGCUUUACAGUUCUGAUCCAGAGCUUUCCUGCUGGGCCCUUUCUGGCAUGGCUUCGUGUUUCGGAGCUGCAGCUGUGGCUCAAUGCAGGUUGA